ACCAAUUAAACUCCUUUAGUAAUAAAAUAUUAUAUCUCUAUUUUCACCUCGUCAAAAAGCUCAAAAAGUUUCAUACCGCCAUAACCUUCUCAGUCAAGAAAGCAUUUUUCUUUUCUGUAUAGUAGUAUUUAACGCCCCAUUCAACCUCCUUCAACUCUCUCUCCUCUUUCUUGAAAUUCAUUAUCUUUGAAUUCCCAAUUUUUUUCAAUUCAAACACCCUUUUCCUCAAUUCAUAAGCCCCCAUAAUUUCCUGUUUCUUACACCAACUUUUCUCAUUCAGACAUUUCAUCAAACACUUGGUAGACAACACACUUUUCUCAAAUCUGGGCUUAAAAAUGCUGGAGCUCCAAGUAGACACCACAAAAUCUGAACCCGAACCCGCAUCCACCAGCUCCGGCGGAGGAAACAGUAACAGUGGCGGCGGACGGAGGCCCAGAGGCCGGCCUGCGGGCUCAAAAAACAAGCCCAAACCACCCAUUAUCAUAACCCGAGAUAGCCCAAAUGCUCUGAGAUCCCACGUUCUAGAAGUUUCUCCGGGUUCAGAUGUGGUAGAAUCCGUGACCCAUUUCGCAACCCGAAGAGGAAGAGGAGUUUGCGUGUUUUCCGGCACCGGAGCUGUCACCAAUGUCAAUCUCCGGCAACCAGCGGCGCCGGCGGGAAGUGUGAUGACGUUACAUGGAAGGUUCGAGAUUCUUUCGAUUACCGGGACCGCUUUACCACCGCCUGCCCCACCCGGGGCAGGUGGGCUGACCAUAUUCCUGGCAGGCGGGCAGGGGCAGGUGGUCGGCGGAAGUGUGGUGGGCCCGUUAAUGGCUUCCGGGCCGGUGGUUUUAAUGGCGGCUUCUUUUGCUAAUGCUGUUUUUGAUAGGUUACCAUUGGAAGAAGGCGAGGAAAGAGAAAUCGGAAAUAAUACUAAUACUAAUACUACUACUAAUAAUAGUAAUAGUAAUCCGGUGGCGCAAUUGCAGCCACCGUUCAAACAAGUGCACAAUCAGCAGCAGCCGACGGCUUCGCAGUUGUCGGGUGUUACGGGGAGUGUGGGACCCCUAGAAGGAGGAGGGAACUUCUCGAGUUUCGGUGGCGGGGGUGGUGGUGGUGGUGGAGAUGGACAAGGUGGGAAUGAUGUAUUUGGAUGGAGGUCACAAUAUUAGGUUUUUAAGUUAAUGGUUAACCGUAAGUUUCUAAGGCAUUUCGUCGGAUUAUUGAUGGUCAAAGGUGUGUCUCGAAGGUGGCCUGGCGGAUGGUGGAAGUGAUGGUGAACUCCCAAGCUGAGGUACAAAUUUUGUGUACAAAAAUGAAUGACCAAAAACUUGUGCAAUUUGUAGAACUAAGAAAUAGUCACUCCAUUUUUUAUUUUUUUCUUUCAAAACCUUUUAAUUUUCAUGGAAUUGUAUUGUGCACAAUUGCAUGUAGUGAGGAGUGACUUUAAUUUGGGGUGUUAUUUUUAUAAUUAUUAUUUAUUUUCGACUAAUUCGUAGAUUUUUUUUAAAAAUGAAUUAUGGAAAUUUGUUGAUCAUGCAAAGGUUUGGCCACUACGUAUAUUUUUAUGUAUUCCUUAAAUUCUCCUUAAAUAUAAUACAAUCUCCUUAAAUUCUAACUAUAUAUAAAUACUUUCUAGGUUCUACUGUAGUUGUGUUAAUGGAUCAAUGAAUAGGUGACAUUAAUUCCAACGGUUGGGCCAAUAUAUAUUAUAGAACUCAGAAUCAAACAAAAGAUGUUUUUGUCAUUAAUUCAUUAACUAGUAAUUUAAGAUGUUUCCUCUAUGUAGACAUUUUAUGUCAAUUUGAGUUAAUUUAUUGAUUUACUUGCCCUAUAAUAAUAUUGAA